AUGGACGGCAUUGCAUCAGCCGUGGUGCUGCCUGAUCAGGAUGUCGAUUCCCCACCGCCUACCGCAGCCUCUCCGACUGGUACCAAAAGGCGACAAUCCUCUAUAUCCGAGCAAGAUGCCAAACGAGUACGACUGAACGGCAAUGGAUCGCCUACGGAUCGCCGCGAAUCUGUCAGCAGCACCAAGGCUGCCGCAACUGCACCCAAGGGCCGAGAGCGCGGGCGCGAGAGGCGACUCUUCGGCGCGGCGCUGGGUGCUCUCUCUCAGAACUCUGCGACCACAGGACAGAAACGCCGACUCGAAAUCGAGAAGAGACAACGGGCGCAACGCAAGCUAGAGGAGGAAGAGAGCGAGCACAGAAAGCAGGAGCGCCAGGCCAAGCGUAAAGCGCAGCGCUGGAGAGAGCACAGGCGCUUCGAGAAGGACUCGUUACGUAUACGGCACGACAACCUGCUUGCCAUGGCACACUUCCUCCACACCAGGACCGAGCCACGACUGUAUUACAAGCCAUGGGAGACCACACCGGAAGAGGAUGAACGCAUCCGCGACCAGAUCGCCGAAGCACACGAUAUUGUUCAACGAGAGCGCGAGGACUUCGAAGCUAAGCAACGGCAGUAUGCUGGACGGGAGCGGGACGCGAACCGCGAUAUGCAUAUGGAUGGCGACGCAGAAGACACCCGUUCUGGUAAGGAGUAUAGUGAAAAGGCGCCCGCAGAGCCAGCCGCGGCCAAUGGCCACCCUACUAACGGCAGCGAAACGUCCAAAAACCCGGAACAGAACGGUGAUCAUGCACAAACUCGCGAGGGCGGGGUGACCUCUCUUGAGCAAGACUCUACUACUGGCCACGAACGGUCUACUGACGACACAUACAAGGAAGCCAUGGAUGAUCACGGAGAAGAAGUCGUCGAAGCCGCGGAGGAUACGGUCAUGUACUGA